AUGUCUCCUGCGACAGCUCUGGCGGCAGUUUGUUUUGGUUCGUGGAUGAACUCAGAUGAUUUUUAUUUGAUUUGAAAUCAACGGAAUCCAAAUGAUUCACGAGCUGCUGAUGGCGCUCAGCGGAUAUCCGGGAGAUAUUCUCACCUGGAGCAAAGGGACAGGGUUACAGGUUUCUCAGGACCUGCCCUUCCUCCAUCCCAGUGAGACCGCUGUCCUCAACCGGCUCUGUAAACUGGGCACCGACUGUAUUCGACUUAAAGAGUUCAUAGAACAACACACUGACCAUGUUCAUCUACAAGAGCAUCACACAAACCAGCCGAGCCAGACUGGACUUCACGGGAGUUACUUGUGGGCUUUCUGCGCCGGACUGGACUCGAUGCUGCGGCCGUACAGACAGACGCUGCUGGACCUUGAACAAGAGUUCCUUGGAGAUCCACAUCUCACAAUAUCCCACGUGAAUUAUAAGCUUCAUCAGUUCCAGCUGCUGUUUCCCUCUGUGGUGGUGGUGGUAGAGACGAUCCGAUCUCAGAAGAUCCAUGGCUGUCAGAUCCUGGAGACGGUGUACAAGCACAGCUGUGGGGGACUUCCUCCUGUUCGCAUGGCCUUAGAAAAGAUUCUUGCUGUGUGCCACGGUGUGAUGUACAAGCAGCUCGCAGCCUGGAUGUUACACGGAUUUCUACUGGACCAAAGUGAGGAGUUCUUCGUGAAGCGGGGGCCCAGCGCUGGAGGAGCUGCUGCCAACCAGGAGGAGGAGGAGGAAGACCUGGGACUGGGAGGCUUGAGCGGGAAACAGCUGAGGGAACUACAGGACCUGAGGCUGAUAGAGGAGGAGAACAUGCUGGCUCCAUCUCUGCAGCAGUUCUCUCUGAGAACAGAGAUGCUGCCGUCAUACAUUCCGAUCAGAGUCGCUGAGAAGAUCCUCUUUGUGGGAGAAUCCGUCCAGAUGUUUGAAAACCACAACCACAGCCCUUCUAGAGCUGGCUCCAUACUGAAGCGCCAGGAGGACAUGUUUGCUGCUGAGCUGCACAAACUCAAACAGCAGCCUCUGUUCAGCCUGGUGGAUUUUGAGAAUCUGAUUGAUCGCAUCAGGAGCACGGUGGCCGAGCACCUGUGGACUCUGAUGGUGGAGGAGUCGGGUCUGCUCGAACAGCUCAAGAUCAUUAAAGAUUUCUACUUGCUGGGUCGUGGGGAGCUCUACCAGGUUUUUAUCGACCUCGCGCAGCACAUGCUGAAGACGCCUCCAACAGCCGUCACUGAGCACGAUGUCAACGUGGCGUUUCGACAGGCGGCUCAUAAGGUUCUGCUGGACGACGACAACCUUCUGCCUCUGCUGCACCUCACUGUGGACUAUCAGGGUAAAGACAGCAAAGACGGGUCAGGCCCCAGAGACGGAGCCACUCCCCCACAGGACACCUCCCCUCGCGAGGUUCCUCCCUCAGGCUGGGCGGCUCUCGGCCUCAUCUACAAGGUCCAGUGGCCGCUGCACAUCCUCUUCACGCCGGCUGUGUUGGAGAAGUACAACGUCGUGUUCAGGUACCUGCUGAGCGUGCGGCGGGUGCAGCUGCAGCUGCAGCACUGCUGGGCUCUGCAGAUGCAGAGGAAGCACCUCAAGUCCAGUCAGACCGAUUCUGUCAGAUGGAGGCUACGCAACCACAUGGCCUUCUUGAUUGACAACCUGCAGCAC